AUGUCUAAAGCUUCCUUCAAGACUCAACACCCUUUUGAAAGAAGGCAUGAUGAAUCUACUCACAUUAGAGACAAGUAUCCUGAUAGAGUACCCGUGAUUAUGGAGAAAGCCGGAAGAAGUGACAUUGCAGACAUUGAUAAGAAGAGAGAAGGCUAUUUUUGUUUCGUUGAUAAUAUCCUACCUCCAACCGCUACUUUGAUGUCUUCUCUUUAUGAAGAACAUAAGGAUGAGGAUGGAUUUCUUUACAUGACUUACGGUGGAGAGAAUACCUUUGGAUGUCAGUAG